UGGCGCUUGGGCAAGCGGGCACCCUAUAAAAGUCAAAAUAACGCUGUGGAUGAUAUGAUACAAUCAGGUGGCAUCAUCUCAUCCACAACAUUCAUCAUUUCAUCUUCUCUCUCUGGAGCUUGUUUUUCCACAGAGGGACAAAAAUGAAACUGGCCAUCCUGUGCCUGUGCUUGGCUAGCACAGCCUCUGCUGUACCAUAUCAGUACUUGCCACAUUACACAGCUUCCAGACCACAGGCACCAUCUGCAAUGGUGAAAAAUUCCUUUGCAGGGGGCUUCCUGCCUGGACUUCAAGGAGGUUACAGUGUGGAAUUUUUCUAUCCACACAGAACUACUGGUGGUGCUGGACUAAAUCCAGCAGAUCCCAAUUCCCGUUACGGUUUAGUCAAAUACUCCAUUCCUCAGCCGCCGGGCAGACAGAGUGUUGAAAUUUUCUACCCCUAUGACUUCGCUGAGCAAAGGGUCAUUACAAGCUUUCCUCCGAUGAGCAAUGGCCCGGUUUCACGUGAUGUUUUACCAUUUGGCUAUCCUCCUCAAAAUGUUCCCCAGCAAAACACCAACGCCUUCUCAUUUGGCUAUCCCCCUCAAAAUGUUCCCCAGCAAAACACCAACAUUCAAUCCUUCGAUCCAUCACAGGAUCCAGCGCAACAACUCCAGCAGGAUCAGCCCACACAGACAAGCCAGGUUUCACCAAAGAUGUGAAGGAGCAAAUGAUCAUUUCCUCUUCAUCCUUAUCAUUUUGAGCAGUUAUGUAUGCUUAUCGACAAUUAAAAUGAAAGAUAAAUGGAUAAUCAGAAAAUAGCUGUUUUUUAAUAUGAACAAAUAACAUUUUGAAAGUUAGAUUAUCUGUACUGAAUGAACCAUAAAUCCUAUGAACUGUUUGAUCUCCUUGACUGGUUAACACUAAGUCGAUGUAUAAGUCUAGACUGAUUUCACAUCCUGCCUGCUGCAUGUUCACAGUACCUAUUAGUUGAUUGUAAACUCUAAUUUUCAUGUGCUUUUCUUUUAUUUAAUAAACAUUUAGAAGCAA